AUGCCUCCAUGCCGCCGUCACUUGACGGCGGCAUGGAGGCAUCAUGCCUCCAUCAUGCCUCCAUGCCGCCGUCAAGUCGAAAUCGACAUACAGCUCGAUGGUUUGCCCGAAAAGGUACAUAGCGGCGUUUUGGGCGACAACAGCGCUGCGACCGCGAAGUGGCGGUGGACAUGCUCCCAUGUUGCCGACGCGGCGCCGGAGUGGCCGGCGCUGCUCGCCGCGACCACGACGGCUACUCCGCUGCUCCGGGCCGACCCGUCCUACCCGACGGUGGCACUCUUCCACGUCUCGCUCACGCUGAGAAAAAUUCUGAAACGGCGUGCAGCAUAG